AUGGCUAGGGAGUCUACGUGUGGCUGGGAAGUGAAUGUAUCCAUUGUCGAGAACAAUGGCUUGAAUCGUCGAUUCGUUGCGAACAAUGUUGCCACCCCAUUGAUCACGCCCGAGAAGGGAGGUGCCAUUGCCUUAUCCACACAAUGUCUGCACACCGUUAUUGUCCUCAUAGUCGGUCAAGGAGACCGCAAGUGUGCCCUCGCCUGGAAGUUCGGCCAGGCCUACGUUUUGUCCGGCAAUGGCGGCCCUUCUCAGCUCUCGAAGACGCAGAACAUCGACCAAGUACCUAUGAACAACUACCCCAAGAUCGUCGCACUAUCUCAGGAGUUGCAUAUUGGGCUAGUAGUCGCCGAACCGCAUGACGCCGUCGUCGAUGGCAUUGAGGGCUACUUCAGAAGCAGCGACAUUCCCUGCUUCACGCCCACGAAAGAAGCUGUCAAUAUCAGAGGAUUCAAGGUCUGCGCGAAGGGUUCAUGGCCAGGCACGGUAUCCCCACUUCCGCCUUUUGCACCUUUGACGCAUACGAAGCCGCAAGACAGUAUUGGCCUCGGUCUCGCACCAGUUCGUGCUCAAGAUGUCGGGCAACGGCGUGGUAAUACCGUCCUCCAAGGCAUCAUGAUCGAGCAAAAGUUCGGGGACGCACAAGUCUGCCCUCCCGUUGUCAGCAACCUCGUCCACGCACCAGGACGGGUAUCAGGUGGUCUGUGCCGCUGGUAA